AGGACAAACAUGUCAUCAACAACUUCCAACCGAAGACAUCAUCUAACUCUGAUAGCUGCUCUUGGGGUUUUGUGUUCAGUGCUACUAUUUUUUGUUUACUUUAAACCCUCAUCUACUGCAUGUUCAUCUCAGUUGGAUGAUUUGCAAUUUUUGUCAAAGGGAGAUGUUUCCUCAUCUACCAAAAAGCCUGUGGAAAAGCCGCUUGUGUUGCUCUGGUUCUGGCCACUGGGUUGGAAAUGGAAUUUUGAAAUCUGCAAAACCCAUUUCAACAUCGAUAGCUGUGUUCUGACAGAUGACAGAUCCCUUUAUGACAAAGCAGACGGAGUGGUUGUUUUUCACAGAGGCAUCAGCUGGGACCUGAAGAACCUGCCUCAGUCUCCUCGUCCACAUUUUCAGAAAUGGGUCUGGUUUCAUGUGGAAUCACCAACAAAUACUGCCAGAAUACCAGGUCUAGAAAACCUAUUUAACCUCACUUUGAGCUAUAGACGAGAUGCUGACAUCACAGUGCGAAAUGAAUUGACAACCGUGAAGACUGAAAAGGACAGUGAGUUUGUGCUGCCCAAGAAAGAUAAAUUGGUUUGUUGGAUUGUGAGCAACAACAAUCCUUCAACUGGGACAGGAACCAGAGCAAAGUACUAUCAAGAGCUGGUCAAACACAUCAAGAUACAUGUUUUUGGUUCUGCUUUUACAGGGAGUCGUUUGAAGUAUGAAGAGUACUACUCAACCCUUGCUAGCUGUAAGUUCUACCUUGCAUUUGAGAAUUCAAUCCACAGAGACUACAUUACAGAAAAGGUGAACGGACCACUUGUAGCAGGAACCAUACCGGUAGUCAUGGGCCCACCCAGAGAGAACUAUGAACAGUUUAUCCCAGCUGGUUCUUUCAUUCAUGUAAAUGACUUUACUAAUGAAAAGGCACUGGCUGACUUCCUCCUUCAAUUGGACAAGAAUGAUGAGAUGUAUGUAAGUUACUUCACUUGGAGGAGGUACCUUAAUGCCAAGCCCCACCUCCUGACAAUGCAGGAAGAGUUUAUUCAACCUGUUUGUUUAGCCUGUGAACACAUAGCCAGAGACAAAGGAUAUUAUAAUGUUGUCCACAACCUUUAUGAAUGGUACUUUGGAUGAGGGUUUAGACAUCAUUUUGUAAGCACAGAAAAUAUCAUUUUACCUUAGCUACGUAAACAGAAUACCAUUUUAAAAGUGUCUUUGGAUUUGGGGAUAUUUUGAUUCAUAAUAUUUGUGUAUCAAUUCAAAGGAUGGGCAUUCAAGGUUUUGGGGCAUAUUUUUUUAUUAAACACUUUGGAAGCAGCAUACACUGUAAACCCCAAUGUGCUUUCAUUACUCAACUUUUAAGGAACCCAUUGCACUUAACCUUUUACUGCGAUGGGCUAAAUCAGCUGAUCACACAGAGUUAUUCUUGGUAGUUUUAAACAAAUCUACUUUGAAACCAAAGUAUACACCUCACACACAUGGUUAUGGGCUUAAAAAAAAGA